AUGCGCAAGAGAACUCCACUCAGCCAGGGCUGGCAGUACAAGGAGAAAGGAAAGGACACAUGGCAGCCUGCGUCCGAGGUGCCCGGCUCGAUACAUACCGAUCUCCUCCACAAUGGCCAGAUCCCGGACCCAUUUGUCGACCUGAACGAGCUCGCGGUCCGCUGGGUCGCCGAGCGAGACUGGCUCUACCGACGAGCUAUCUCGGCAGACGAGCUUCUGCCCAGGGACGGCCAGCCCGGGGACCAAGAGCGAAUCGACUUAGUCUUCGAAGGCCUCGAUACUUUUGCGACGGUCUAUCUCAACGGUUCCCAGGUCCUCGUUUCUGAUAACAUGUUCCUGAGCCACCGUGUUGAUGUCACGGACCUGCUACGACGUACAGACAAAAAUUUGGGUGACGUUGAGCUGGAAAUAGUGUUUGAAUCAGCCUCAGUUCGUGGCCGAAAGCUUGUCAAGGAGCAUCCGGAGCACAAUUUCCUUGUCCGUCAGACAGAGGCAGGCCGUCUCCCGGUACGGAAGGCACAGUACCACUGGGGCUGGGACUGGGGCCCAAUACUGACAACAGCCGGCAUCUGGCGCCCGGUGUACCUGGACCGCUACGUCGUGAGAUUAGGCGAUAUCUCCGUCCCAUACAAGCUCACCCAGGAUCUGAGCAAGGUAUCUGGAGAGAUCCGGUUCAAGAUCGUGCCAGCAUCUCAGGAGGGCUCCAGAAACCUGGAAGUUCGGACCACGCUGCACAGGCCAAAUGAUGAGAAUUCGGUGUUCCAAACUGUUGGGCAGGUCCUUCCCGAGGAGUGGAAUGAGGCAGAAAAUACUUUCAAAUGUCAUCCGUUCGAAUUGGAUAACCCACAACUGUGGUAUCCUCAUAUGUAUGGGAAACCGGAGCAAUACACGCUCAAGGUGGAAUUACUCCUGGCUGGGAAAGUGGUGGAUUCACAGACAAAGCGUAUUGGAUUCCGCCAUUGUGAGCUUAUACAAGAGCCCAGCGGAACGGGCGUGGGCACUUCAUUCUACUUCCGAGUGAACAAUGUCAACGUCUUCGCAGGCGGCUCCUGUUGGAUUCCAGCGGACAGCUUUCUAUCGCGAAUAUCAUCACAACGAUACCGGGACUGGGUCCAACUCAUGGUGGAAGGCAACCAGACAAUGGUCAGGGUCUGGGGCGGAGGGAUUUAUGAAGACGAUUCAUUCUUCGAUGCUUGUGACGAACUGGGCCUAUUGAUCUGGCACGACUUCCAAUUCGCUUGCGGCAACUAUCCCACUUUCAGCUCGUAUCUCGACAGUGUGGAUGCGGAGGCAAGGCAGAACAUACGUCGAUUGAGAGAUCAUCCGUCGUUCAUCAUAUGGGCUGGAAAUAAUGAGGACUACGAGACGGUGCAGGAACGCUACAAACUGGACUAUAAACCGGAUGAUAAAGACCCGCAGUCCUGGCUGAAAUCUACAUUUCCAGCUCGAUACAUCUACGAGAGUCUGCUUCCAAAGGCUCUCGAAGAGGAGCAUCCGGGCGCGAUCUACUUACCGAGCAGUCCCUGGAGUGGGAACGGUGAGUCUGUCAAGGACAGGACAGUCGGCGAUGCUCAUGAGUGGAACCUCUGGCACGGGACUAUGGUGAAGAUCCAAGAUAUUGAUAAAAUCGGUGGUAUAUUUGUCUCGGAAUUCGGCAUGCAAGGCUACCCGCACCUGGAAACGCUGAAGCGUGCGAUUACACGACCAGAGGAGCUUGCACCGGGUUCUAUGACCAUGGAAUUCCACAACAAAGCCAUCGGACAUUCUUGGCGGAUGGCGCAAUACCUGCAUGAAAACUUCAGGCUCGCCAUUAAUAAUGACUUGGCGUCAUUUGUGCACCUCACCCAAGUCAUGCAGGCUGAGGCAAUGCGCUCGGCAUACAAGUCGUGGCGUCGGAAGUGGAAUGAUGCGAAGGAGUGCGGCGGCAUCCUUGUGUGGCAACUGAACGACUGCUGGCCUGGUAUUUCCUGGGCAGUUGUCGACUACUAUCUGGUCAAGAAGCCGGCCUACUAUGCAAUCUCGCGCGCAUUGCGGCCCUUGGACAUUUCUAUUUCCAGAUCCUACCACGACUGGACACAUAGCACCAUCAACCCAACACUAGACGUGGGGCACAUUGAUCCCACGGUUGACGCACGCGAUGGUGGGGAGAUCACCGUCUGGGUUUCCAGCUUCAAGACCGAAGAAACAGCUGUAGAAGUCGAGAUCCGCUUCGUUUCCAUUCGCACAGGCAAAGACCUAGGUGGGAGCCCAACGGAAAAUUCGACCUGGAGUCGUCUGAUCCAGAGCAACAAUACCACUGACUGUGGUACUCACAAGCUUCCUCCAGCAAAAGCCCCAUCAGAAAUCAACGAAUGCGACCCGUAUGUGGUUCUCGUAAUACUCCGACUAGAAGGCGAGAUUAUUGCAGACGACGUGGCCUGGCCGCAGCCGAUAAAAUACCUUGACCUGUCCGAUCGUCAGGUAUCAGUGUCCUACGACGGUGAAAAGGCGACAGUGGCUGCGAAAAGUCCAGUCAAGGGAUUUGUCUUCGACGAAGUGGAGGGCUUGAAGCUGAGCGACAAUGGCUUCGAUGUCGUCCCCGGACUGGACAGAGUCGUCAUUGUCAAGGCUCCAGAAUCCGUCUCGCAGCUGGGAUACAGAUACGUCGGCGGGCAUGGCUCAGUGACCUUGAAGUCGUGA